AUGAACCUACGUGCCCGCACUCGUGUAGGGCUUGAACCUCACCCCCGGCCCUCGCCCUACCAAGGAGAGGGAAGCCGAAGGGACCGUGCAGGAAGUGGAGGGGCGAAGGGGGUCCGCAGUGUGGCGGGAGGCGGUGCAGGGCCGGAACAGCGCCCUGGCCCUGCUCCGAGCCCGAUGGGCGGCGGCGGGAGUGGACGCGACGCCGGGAACAGCACCCGGCUCCAAAGGGCUCCUAGCGGGAUGCGCGGGAGAGGGGACGGCGCGACGAGCAGGCCUAGCGUUCAAGCUCCACAGCCGACAAAAAAAAAAAAAAAAGAGCCAAGACUCAUAGUUCCUCUCUUUGGUGUUAAGACUGUUGGUCAGAGAAGCCCUGAUGAACCAGUACUGAGCAAAGCUGAAUUUGUUGAGAAAGUUCGGCAGAGUAACCAGGCCUGUCAUGAUGGAGAUUUCCACACAGCUAUUGUUCUUUACAAUGAAGCUCUGGCUGUUGACCCUCAAAACUGCAUCUUGUACAGCAAUCGAUCUGCAGCCUACAUGAAAAUCCAGCAGUAUGACCAGGCACUGGAUGAUGCCAUCAAAGCCCGACUCCUCAACCCCAAGUGGCCAAAGGCAUACUUCCGACAGGGUGUUGCCCUCCAGUACCUAGGACGUCAUGCCGAUGCCCUGGCGGCCUUUGCAUCCGGACUGGCUCAAGACCCCAAGAGUCUCCAGCUUCUUGUGGGGAUGGUAGAAGCUGCCAUGAAGUCUCCUAUGAGAGAUUCCCUGGAGCCCACUUAUCAGCAGCUUCAGAAGAUGAAACUGGACAAGAGUCCCUUUGUGGUUGUGUCUGUAGUGGGGCAGGAACUCCUGACAGCUGGCCACCAUGGCGCCUCAGUGGUUGUCUUAGAAGCUGCUCUGAAAAUUGGCACCUGCAGCCUCAAGCUGAGAGGCUCCGUCUUCUCUGCCCUGAGCAGCGCUUACUGGUCUCUUGGAAACACAGAGAAGAGCACUGGGUACAUGCAGCAGGAUUUGGAUGUAGCCAAGACCUUAGAAGAGAAUGGGCAGAUACUGUCAUGCUUGCCUGAGGAUGAUGAACAGCCUUUGCUCUCUGCCCAGCAGAAGGUAGACAACUCCAAGGGCUUCCUAGCGCUGAACUCCAAUAGCCCACCUCUGAAGUGUCUUGGAGAAAGGACAGCAGAUGGGAUCCAGCAGCUGGAGCAGAAGUCUGAAAUUGCAGAGAUUAGGUUGAGUGCAACCUCAGUGCAGGUGCCUCGAGUUAGCCCAAGCUGGUCUGGAAUUGAAGUUCUCCUGCCUCGGCCUCCUGAGUGCUGGGAUGAGAGGUGUGCACCACCAAGCUUCCUUAUGUUUGCACCUCACAAGAUUGUAGAGGACAGUUAUAACCCUUAUGAAAAAUACAGCAAGGUGAAACCCGUGCUAGAUAGAGGAAACCAUUAUUCAAAUACAGAUGUUCUAAAAUGUUUCCACUGUGGGAAGCAGCUGCUGCUGUUCGAGCACAAAACUCUCAGAGAGAUUAAUACACCACGCAGCAUGAACCUCAGCAGCAAACAGCGUCUGCUUGAAGUGGGCCCACGAUUCCCGGGCACAGAGUUGGUGAGUGGCAAGCAGCAGGAAGGGUCUGAGGAGGGAGCAUCCCUGGGCACAGAGGAGCUGGGGUUAGGAAAACCCCUAGGCAAGACGGAAAAGGCAGCUUCAUCUGCCCUGAGCAGUCUGGGCCAUGUAUACACAGCCAUUGGAGACUAUCCCAAUGCCCUUGCCAGUCACAAACAAUGUGUUCUUCUCGCCAAGCAAUCCAAAGACGAACUUUCUGAAGCCCGAGAACUUGGCAACAUGGGGGCUGUGUAUAUCGCCAUGGGAGACUUUGAGAAUGCUGUGCAGUGCCAUGAACAGCACCUGAAGAUAGCCAAGGACCUGGGGAAUAAGCGAGAGGAGGCCCGUGCCUACAGCAACCUGGGCAGUGCCUACCACUACCGGAGGAACUUUGACAAGGCCAUGUCUUACCACAACUAUGUGCUAGAGCUGGCACAGGAGCUGAUGGAGAAGGCCAUUGAGAUGCGGGCCUAUGCCGGCCUGGGCCAUGCUGCCAGGUGCAUGCAGGACCUCGAGAGGGCGAGGCAGUACCAUGAACGGCAGCUGGGCAUCGCUGAGGACCUCAAGGAUCGGGCUGCAGAGGGGCGCGCAUCCUCCAAUCUGGGUAUCAUCUACCAGAUGAAGGGGGAUUAUGAUGCUGCUCUGAAACUCCACAAGACACACCUGUGCAUCGCACAAGAGCUGAGUGAUUACGCUGCCCAGGGUCGCGCCUACGGGAACAUGGGCAAUGCCUACAAUGCCCUGGGCAUGUAUGACCAGGCCGUGAAGUACCACCGACAGGAGCUGCAGAUCUCCAUGGAGGUGAAUGAUCGGGCCUCACAGGCUUCCACACACGGCAACCUGGCUGUGGCCUACCAGGCCCUGGGCGCCCAUGACCGGGCCCUGCAGCACUAUCAGAACCACUUGAACAUCGCCCGGGAGCUGCGAGACAUCCAGAGCGAGGCUAGGGCCCUCAGCAACCUGGGAAACUUCCACUGCUCUCGGGGGGAGUAUGUCCAGGCUGCCCCCUAUUACGAGCAGUACCUGCGGCUGGCUCCAGACCUUCAGGACAUGGAAGGAGAAGGGAAGGUCUGUCACAAUCUUGGCUAUGCCCAUUACUGCCUUGGAAACUACCAGGAGGCAGUGAAGUACUACGAACAGGACCUGGCACUGGCCAAAGACCUUCAUGACAAAUUGAGCCAAGCGAAAGCCUACUGCAACCUGGGCCUGGCAUUUAAAGCUCUGCUGAAUUUCAGCAAAGCUGAGGAGUGUCAGAAGUACCUGCUGUCCCUUGCCCAGUCCUUGAACAAUUCCCAGGCUAAAUUUCGAGCCUUAGGGAACCUGGGCGAUAUAUUCAUCUGUAAAAAAGAUAUAAAUGGUGCAAUAAAAUUCUAUGAGCAACAGCUGGGCCUGGCUCACCACGUGAAGGACAGAAGGCUGGAGGCCAGCGCAUAUGCUGCCCUGGGCACUGCCUACCGGAUGGUCCAGAAGUACGACAAAGCCUUGGGGUACCACACGCAGGAACUGGAGGUCUAUCAGGAGCUGAGCGACUUGACGGGCGAGUGCCGGGCUCAUGGGCACCUGGCUGCUGUCUACAUGGCCCUUGGGAAAUACACCAUGGCAUUCAAGUGUUACGAAGAGCAGCUGGAUCUGGGGCAGAAGCUGAAGGACCCGAGCCUGGAGGCCCAGGUCUACGGCAACAUGGGCAUCACAAAGAUGAACAUGAACGUGAUGGAGGAUGCCAUCGGCUACUUCGAGCAGCAGCUGGCCAUGCUGCAGCAGCUCAGUGGGAAUGAGUCGGUGCUGGAUAGGGGCCGAGCCUACGGCAAUCUGGGGGAUUGCUACGAGGCCCUAGGGGACUACGAGGAGGCCAUCAAGUACUAUGAGCAGUAUCUGUCAGUGGCCCAGAGUCUGAAUCGCAUGCAAGACCAAGCCAAGGCCUACCGGGGUCUAGGGAACGGACACAGGGCAAUGGGGAGCUUGCAGCAAGCCCUUGUGUGCUUCGAGAAGAGGCUUGUGGUCACCCACGAGCUCGGAGAGGCCUUCAAUAAAGCCCAGGCCUAUGGAGAGCUGGGCAGUCUGCACAGCCAAUUAGGGAAUUAUGAACAAGCCAUUUCCUGCCUUGAACGUCAGCUGAACAUUGCGCGAGAGAUGAAGGACCGAGCCCUGGAGAGUGACGCGGCCUGCGGCCUGGGCGGGGUCUACCAGCAGAUGGGGGAGUACGACACAGCCCUGCAGUAUCACCAGCUUGACCUACAGAUAGCAGAGGAAACCAACAACCCCACAUGCCAGGGCCGAGCCUAUGGGAACCUGGGCCUGACCUACGAGUCCCUGGGCACCUUCGAGAGGGCUGUGGUCUAUCAAGAACAACACCUGAGCAUCGCCGCACAGAUGAAUGACCUGGUGGCCAAGACAGUGUCCUAUAGCAGCCUCGGAAGGACCCACCAUGCCUUGCAGAACUAUUCCCAGGCAGUCAUGUACCUGCAGGAAGGUUUAAGGUUAGCUGAACAACUGGGCCGAAGAGAAGAUGAGGCAAAAAUUCGCCAUGGUCUUGGCCUCUCCCUUUGGGCUAGUGGAAACCUGGAAGAGGCCCAACACCAGCUGUACAGAGCAUCCGCUUUGUUUGAAACCAUCCGGCACGAGGCGCAGCUGAGCACCGACUACAAACUCUCCCUGUUCGACCUGCAGACAUCAUCCUACCAGGCCCUGCAGCGGGUGCUCGUCAGCCUAGGCCACCACGAUGAAGCCCUGGCUGUGGCAGAAAGGGGUCGGACAAGGGCGUUUGCUGAUCUUCUGGUGGAACGACAAACGGGACACCAGGACUCAGACCCCUACUCCCCAGUCACCAUCGACCAGAUCCUCGAAAUGGUUAACGGGCAGCGGGGCCUCGUGCUCUACUACUCCCUGGCUGCAGGCUACCUGUACAGCUGGCUGCUUGCUCCUGGGGCAGGAAUUCUGAAGUUUCAUGAACACUACCUGGGUGAUAACACAACAGAGAACCCCAGUGACUUCCAGGCAGGCAGCAGCGGGACCCUUCCACCAGCCACCAGCUCAGCCCUGGAGCAUCACAUCACCAGUGUCCGUGAGGCCCUGGGGGUAGAGUCUUACUACUCCAGGGCCUGUGCCAGCAGUGAGACGGAGAGCGAGGCCGGAGACAUCAUGGACCAGCAGUUCGAAGAGAUGAUCAACAAGCUCAACUCGGUGACCGACCCCACUGGCUUCCUGCGCAUGGUGCGGCGCAACAACCUCUACAACAGGAGCUGCCAGAGCAUGACGAGCCUGUUGAGCAACACGGCCUCGCCCAGCAAGGACGGGCCCUCCUCCCUCCCCAGGAGGCAGAGCGCACUGGCCAAGGCGCCGCUCCGCGCCCUCUACGACCUGCUCAUCGCGCCCAUGGAAGGGGGCCUGAUGCACUCGAGCGGCCCGGUGGGCCGGCACCGGCAGCUGGUCCUGGUCCUGGAGGGGGAGCUCUACCUCAUCCCCUUCGCCCUCCUCAAGGGCAGCGCCUCCAACGAGUACCUGUACGAGCGCUUCGCCCUCAUCGCCGUGCCCGCCAUCCGCUCGCUGGGCCCCCACUCCAAGGGCCACCUGAGGAAGACCCCGCCCACCUACUCCGGCUCCACCUCCAUGGCGGCCGUCAUCGGCAACCCCAAGCUCCCAUCAGCCGUGAUGGACAGGUGGCUGUGGGGGCCGAUGCCCUCGGCGGAGGAGGAGGCCUACAUGGUUUCCGAGCUGCUGGGCUGCCAGCCCCUGGUGGGCAGCGUGGCCACCAAGGAGAGGGUCAUGAGCGCCCUCACCCAGGCUGAGUGCGUCCACUUCGCCACCCACAUCUCCUGGAAACUCUCCGCCUUGGUGCUCACCCCCAGCGUGGACGGCAACCCUGCCGGGAGCAAGAGCUCCUUCGGCCACCCCUACACCAUCCCCGAGUCGUUGCGGGUGCAGGACGACGCCAGCGAUGCCGAGAGCAUCUCGGACUGCCCGCCCCUGCGGGAGCUGCUGCUCACGGCCGCCGACCUCCUGGACCUGCGGCUGCCCGUGAAGCUGGUGGUGCUCGGGUCCCCGCAGGAGGCCAACGGCCGGGUCACAGCCGAUGGGGUGGUGGCGCUGACACGGGCCUUCCUGGCUGCCGGUGCCCAGUGUGUGCUGGUGGCUCUGUGGCCGGUGCCCGUGGCCGCUUCCAAGAUGUUCAUCCAUGCCUUCUACUCCUCUCUGCUGAACGGCCUGAAGGCCAGCGCGGCCCUGGGCGAGGCCAUGAAGGUGGUGCAGAGCAGCAAGGCCUUCUCCCACCCCUCCAACUGGGCAGGCUUCAUGCUGAUCGGGAGCGAUGUGAAGCUUAACAGCCCCUCGUCACUCAUCGGCCAGGCGCUCACAGAGAUCCUGCAGCACCCCGAGCGGGCCCGAGACGCUCUGCGUGUGCUGCUGCACCUGGUGGAGAAGUCCCUGCAGCGGGUCCAGAACGGACAGCGCAACGCCAUGUACACAUCCCAGCAGAGCGUGGAGAACAAAGUGGGUGCCGUCCCCGGCUGGCGGGCCCUGCUCACUGCCGUGGGCUUCCGCCUCGACCCCCCGGCCAGCGGCCUGCCAGCGGCCGUCUUCUUCCCAACCUCAGACCCGGGCGAGCGGCUGCAGCAGUGUAGCAGCACCCUGCAGGCCCUGCUGGGUCUGCCCACUCCUGCCCUCCACGCGCUGUGCAAGCUCAUCACGGCCUCGGAGACCGGCGAGCAGCUCAUCAGCCGGGCUGUUAAAAAUAUGGUGGGAAUGCUUCACCAGGUGCUGGUCCAGCUCCAGGCCGGGGAGAAGGAGCAAGACUUCGCAUCGGCGCCCAUCCAGGUGUCCAUCAGCGUCCAGCUGUGGCGGCUCCCGGGGUGCCAUGAGUUCUUGGCCGCUCUUGGCUUUGACCUCUGUGAAGUGGGUCAGGAAGAAGUCAUCCUGAAGACCGGGAAGCAAGCCAACCGCCGCACCAUGCACUUCGCGCUGCAGGCCCUGCUGUCCCUCUUCGAUUCCACAGAGCUCCCUAAGCGCCUCAGCCUCGACAGCUCAUCCUCCCUGGAGUCCCUGGCAUCGGCCCAGUCUGUGUCCAAUACCCUGCCCCUGGGCUACCAGCACCCCCCGUUCUCCCCCACGGGGGUGGAGAGCAUCGCCUCCGACGCCAUCUCCGUGUACAGCCUGAGCUCCAUCGCCUCCUCCAUGAGCUUCGUCUCCAAACCUGAGGGCGGCUCCGAGGGCGGCGGCCCCCGAGCACGGCAGGACCACGACAGAGCCAAGGCGGCGUUCCCGCAGCGGGCGACCCUGCCGCGGCGCCAGCUGUCCCCCCAGGCCCGGCCUGCCGGCGGCGGCGACAAAGAUGAGGAGGAGUAUGAGGGCUUCUCCAUCAUCAGCACGGAGCCCCUGGACCCCAAGCAGCCCCGAGCUGGGGCAGCAGGAGGCAUGAAGGUCUCGGUCAGCUCCAAGGGGAGCAUCAGCACCCCCAAUUCCCCCGUGAAGAUGACUCUGAUCCCCAGCCCCAACUCACCCUUCCAGAAAGUGGGCAAACUGGCCAGCUCGGACACCGGCGAGUCUGACCAGUCCAGCACGGAGACUGACAGCACCGUGAAGUCCCAGGAGGACAGCGCCAAGCUGGACCCCCAGGAGCUGGCCCAGAGGAUCCUGGAGGAGACGCAGAGCCACCUGCUGGCCGUGGAGCGGCUGCAGCGGAGCGGGGGCCCGGAGCGGGAGGAGGGCGGCCCGGCGCCCAGCGGCACCACCGUCUUCCGCGCGUCGGAAACCAGCGCCUUCAGCAGGCCUGUCCUCUCCCACCAGAAGAGCCAGGCGUCCCCGGUCCCUGUCAAGCCAAAGCCCCCGGCCCGGAGCUCGUCCCUCCCCAAGGUGAGCUCCGGGUACAGCAGCCCCGCCCCCUCGGAGUCGUCCAGCAAGGACCAGAGCCCGGCCAGCGGGCGCCCGUCGCCCGGCUGUGACACCCCGGCGUCGCUGGCAGAGCCGCCGCUCUUUCGGCUCAAGUACCCCAGCUCCCCAUACAGUGCUCACAUUUCUAAGUCACCCCGGAACGUGUCCCCGUGCUCAGGACCCCAGUCCCCUGCCGGCAGCGCCCCGUCCCCCGCGCUCUCCUACUCCUCCACCGGCUCCGCCCGCUCCAGCCCGGCCGACGCCGCCGACACCGACAAGCGGAAGCUGGCGGCCAUCGACGAGAAGGUGCAGGCCGUGCACAACCUGAAGAUGUUCUGGCAGAGUGCUCCCCAGCACCCCACCGGCCCCAUGAGAAUAUUCCGUGGGGCGCCGGGCACCCUGACCUCCAGGAGAGACGUCCUGAGCCUACUCAACCUCUCGCCCCGGCACAAUAAGAAGGAGGAGAGCGUGGACAAGCUGGAGCUCAAGGAGCUGUCUCUGCAGCCCUGCAGUGAGGCGCCCCCCAAAGUCCCUGCCAACGGCCACUGGCGCCCCGAGACCUCGGCACUCCCCCUGCCCAGCGGGCCCCCCGCGGCAGCCCCCACUCGCCCUCUGAGACUGCCCACCGCCAACGGCUACAAGUUCCUGUCCCCCGGGCGCUUCUUCCCCUCUUCCAAGUGCUAAGCCCCCUCCCGUG